AUGAGCUCUGGAAAUUGUGCGAUGAAGAUAUGGAAAAAAGAAGUGCAAAAUACGAAGGGUGUUCAGCGCUCCACCAGUUACACAAUGUGUGCUGCACCAUACAUUCCUUACGAUGUUUUUGAACGGAAAAAUCCUGAAACAAGCACAACAAGGAAACGCGCUUUAGCAACAAUAAUGGGCGUUGGGGAAGUAUUAGCCAAAGUGCGGACCAUGUUAGCAACGGAGGAAGGAGAAUUAGAUGUUGACGAAGAUGAACACGGAAAUUACACAAUUGAUGGGCAACCUCUGUCGUUUGAAUCGUGGGCCUCUAUUAACAAACCGAUGAAACCAACUCCAUGUUACGAACGGUCCCAAUUAUUUAUCGAUCCCAAGAUGCGAAAGAUGAGAAACCAGUGGAAAAAAGAGAUGUGGCAAAAGAAAUUGGAAGAAGAAAAGGUUAAGAAAACGGAGAAAGUGGACCCAGAAAUUGAACAUGAAAAGGAUAAGGAGUUGUCUUCAGAUGGUGAAGUUGUUGGGCCAGAAACAGAAACUCCUGUAAUCAGGAGAGAGUUGGAAGAAGGAGAGAUGUCGUCGGAAAGUUCAUCAUCAUCAUCAGCUUCAACAUCGUCAGAAGAGGAUAUCGAUGAUGAAGCAACAUUCAGACAUCGGCGGCGAAAGCGUCGAAGACAUGAGAAGAGCAGGCAGUUAAAUUCCGUCCAGGUGGCAAUGGGUUCUGUUAACCCGCAGUUUACAACAUUGUUUGCACAACUCUAUGAAUAUCGACAUGCGCUGUGUCGAUUGCUCUUGUCUUCGCACAAGAAUGCAUUCGCAUCUGUGUUAGGACAGAUACUUUCAUCACCUCAUGGCAUGACAUCAGCGCAACAAAACCAGAUGAAUUUAUUUAUCCAGAAUUUCUCAGCACAUAAUUUACCGAAAUAA